AUGUGUGCCGAGGCCACAGCCGUGGGUGCCACGGCAGACCCGGUUUUUUACACGCAAAGUAGCGAAUUUCGAGCUCGGAAUCCGAAACUCGGUGCAAGGCGUAAAGCCCCGUUAGGGGGUGCAGAUGAUUUAUUUCAGCCGGAGCAAGAGCGAUACAAGAAGUACUUCGAUGACAAACAGAGCAUCAAGCCCUGGCUGCACUCCCAGCUAGUGUCCAAGGGCAUCAACAUCGUUAUCGAGCGGUCGGACGAUACCAAAAUAGUGUUCAAGUGCAAAAAUAGCCAUAGUUUUGCUCCCAGCGCCCAUUGCGCAAAGAUGACUAAACUGUCCAAGUCGCUGACCAAAGACGCCGGAAAAAGACAGAAGGGUAACUGUCCGUUCAGGAUAAGGGCCAACUACUCGCUGCGGGCGAAAAAAUGGUCCAUCGUCGUGGUCAACGACCAGCACAACCACGCUUUGUAUCCUUCCGGCUCCAGGCAGGCCGAGUCGGACUCGAGAUCUGGUGCCGGCUCCAGUGUCCAGAAACCUGCUCUCACGGCUCCUCUGAUCAGCAAGAGACCCACUUUUGGCCCUACGAACACGCUGCUCAUGGCCGCGCAGACUGCCAACACCCAGCUGCAACCUAUGCCCAAGUUCCAGUUACCCUUGCCACUGAAUUUUGGACACGUGCAGCACACGCCAAUGCAGGCCGGGUCCGAGUCCCUGAGCACGUCCAAGUCGUCGUCCUCGUCGUCCUCGCCCAAGCUGUCGUUCGCAGAGAGCGCCAGCCUGGCCGUGAAGGACGCCAAGGCGGGCCAGAGCACGCCUCAACAACAGCAGCGGCUGAGCGUGCUGCACAUCGAGAUCAACAACCUGCUGCUCCAUCUGAACACAUCGUCGGGUCUGUCGGACGCCAACAAGGAGGAGACUUACUUCAAGAUCAUCUCCACGCUCAAAGACACUCUCAAACAGCAGAAUCCACACGCGUACUCGCCAACCUCCGGGACUAACAGUCCCUCGCACACACUUUCGCACAAUACCCUAUUCAACUACACCACGAACAACGCCCCGGGAUCGUCGUCCGAGAAGAUCAUGCUUCCGUCGAUAUCCAACACUCUCCACGGGUCGCUGCAGUCUAUCAGGACGGCGAACGGAGCAGGCGCAGUGGGGGUGAACGCUGGGGGGUCCUACAGUCAGUACUAUCUAUGA